AUGCAGCUGCAGAGAAACUUGGUAGUCCUGCCAAUGAAGGAUCCUCUCAUUAUGCGUGAAUUAACUAUGUGGUUUUAUGCUCACAAUGAAUACGCUGCAUCCUUCAGAAUGAUGGGUGACAUAGUUGCAGCAGAAGAGACAGCGGCGCGAUUGGAACGAAGAGCAGCACCAGAAAUUAGGAUGUUUUUUGAUAGCAGUCGCAAUAUGGAUCGUCGUCGUUACAAUUUUCCCGCCGCAAACGAAGUAGCUGUUGUGUUUGUAGGCGAAGACAACGAUGUUCCUGCAACCCGCGCUUUAGCAAUUCACCAUAAGGACGGUAGAUUACGAGUGAUACAAGAUAUAGAUGGUCGUUGCGACCCCUUAACAUACCCGCUUCUAUUUCCAAAGGGAGGAUUAGGAUGGCACGUUGAUCUCACGAAAAAUGCCAGCACACGGACUCGGACAAGAAUCACUCAAAGAGAAUUUUAUUCAUACCUUUUUUCAGUACGUACGUCGUUCAGUCCAUUGCAUUAUGCCAGUAAACUUCUUCAGCAGUUUGCUGUGGACGCGUACGUGAAGAUAGAACAGAAUAGGCUCAAUUACGCAAGAACACAUCAAAAGGAGCUUCGCAUCGAUAGCUAUCACGAACUGAUGGACCAUCUCGCGAGCGACGACGCACAUGAACCUGCAGGACAGCGUGUCAUUCUCCCGGCCACGUUUCAAGGUGGCCCACGGGCUAUGCAUCAGUCGUAUCAGGAUGCCAUGUCCAUCGUCGCUAGGUAUGGAAAGCCUGACUACUUUCUCACCUUUACCUGCAACCCGCGCUGGAGAGAAAUCUCGGAAAACCUCUACGCUGGACAAACGCCAUCUGAUCGUCCUGAUAUUGUUGCACGAGUGUUCCACAGAAAACUGGAGGUUCUGCGAGAAAGUCUUUUCAAAAACAACAUACUGGGUCGAGUAGCUGCUUACGUUGGGCCGAUUCAAAGCCUAGAGAUUCUAACCAGGUUGACGCCGCCGUCCAGGCCUACUUACCGGACGCAGCUGCGAAUCCACGAUUGUUCGACAUCGUCGCUAGCAACAUGA